GCCAACCCUCACAAUGGACCUGAAGCAUUGCGUCCGCGAGCUUCUCUUUAACCCGCGGCAUACAAAAUGGAUCGCGCCGCUCCUGGUCCUCGGCGAUGUCCUCCUUUGUGCCUUGAUCAUCUGGAAGAUCCCAUACACCGAGAUUGAUUGGACAACAUACAUGCAGCAAAUCUCUCUAUACAUCUCCGGCGAGCGCGACUAUACCCUCAUCAAAGGAUCGACCGGACCUCUCGUUUACCCCGCCGCGCAUGUGUACAGCUACACGAUACUCUACCACCUGACCGAUGAAGGUCGCGACAUUCUCUUCGGCCAGAUCCUCUUCGCCGCCCUCUACAUCACUACCUUGGUGGUUGUGAUGACAUGCUACAGGCAGUCGGGUGCUCCUCCGUAUCUGUUUCCGCUGCUGAUCUUGUCCAAACGGCUUCAUAGCGUCUUCGUUCUGCGUCUGUUCAACGAUGGCCUCGCGACCUUGGCUAUGUGGGUGGCUAUACUGUUGUUCCAGAAUAAAAAGUGGGCGCCUGCGGUGAUCAUUUGGUCCACGGGCGUGGCCGUCAAAAUGACCCUGCUGCUUCUUGCUCCUGCCAUUGCGGUGCUGACGGUGCUCAACUUAUCCAUUCUGCCCAGUCUCCGACUUGGGGUUCUGGCUUUGCUUGUUCAGAUUAUACUUGCACUACCUUUCUUGCAGACUAACCCCGUCGGGUAUCUUUCGCGGGCCUUUGAGCUGACCAGACAGUUUAUGUUUAAAUGGACGGUCAAUUGGAGGUUCGUGGGUGAAGAAGCAUUCUUAUCUAAAAGGUUUUCCCUAGCAUUGCUGGCCUUGCACGUGAUGUUGCUGGGCGUGUUUGCAGCUACGGCCUGGUUGAAACCAUCCGGCUCUAGCCUUCCUGACUUCUUCCGAACGUUACUCCAAGGACGUCACCGUGGAGCUCCGCUUUCCAAGCAGUUUGUGACGACCGUGUUGUUAACCUCCCUCGCCAUUGGUCUUCUGUGUGCGAGGUCUCUUCAUUACCAAUUCUUCGCCUAUAUUUGCUGGGCGACGCCCUUCCUUCUUUGGCGGGCGGGUGUUCAUCCGGUUCUCUUAUACGCUCUAUGGGCGCUUCAAGAAUGGGCCUGGAACACCUUCCCCAGCACAAACUCAAGCUCUCUGGUUGUCGUCUUUUCCCUCGCCGUCCAGGUCUUUGGCGUACUUGUGAAUCGCUCAAAUGCAUUCGGCAGCAUGAAGCCAAGGGCAAGCAGGAAGGAACAUGUGAACUAACACGAGGGUCAUUUCCCUGUAUAGAAGUAAAUGAUGUUCCUCAGUUGUGAAUUUUUCCUCCCGCCAUUGGUCGGGCCUCUUUAUCAUGCAUCCGAGUCAUCUGACGGGGGCAACUUCCCCACGUUGGAAUCGUCCUCGUCAUCUGAUGAUAUCCAAGUCGGCUGCCGGACGAAUUCUUUAGGCCUGCAAGAUGAGGUCAGGAGGCGUCCGAAAUCGGAGGAAGUGUGCAAUCUUACCAGAAGGGAGCUUUGCGCCAGGCCUUUUCGUCGCGAACAAUGUUAAUAAUUUCGCCGCUGAGCUUGUUGUCUCGACCCUCCAGAGAAUUGGUAUCGAUCACCACGUAGGAUCCCCGCUUAAUCCAGAUGGUGGAACGAAAGCGGGAGGGUAGUUCGACGAGAAUCGAUUCCUUCGAUGGUAAUUCCACCGCAUAGAGGUUAUUGCCCGCAGCUUUGAUGGCUCGCGCGAUCU